AUGUUAAUAAAUCUUAUAAAACUCUCAAAACUUACAAAUUUCAAUUCCUUUACCCACGAUGAACUGUGCAAUUGUUUAGUCGACAGCAUCGAUUUAUUCUUACAAUCGUUUGAAAGGCGUCCUUGGGGUACGAUCCUUUGUGAAGUCACAACAUCAUUAUUAGCCAACGAGCCUUUUCCAAUAGAAUUGAAAUAUAAAUCAAAAAUAUUAAAUGGCUUUACAGUAGUCUUGGGAUUCUCGACAGGUCUUUGA